GUAUAUAGUCACUCUAAUUGGUAUAUAUCAAUUUACUUUGGGUAGGAGUAGGAUUUUUCUGUUCUCCGAUUUUGUUGGUUUGAAAGGAUAAAAUCGGAACCAAUAUCUGGAAGAAUUAGCUUUACGACAGGACCAAGAAAUGAGCAGUGACGAGAAGGACAGCGGCGAUGAAUUGUGGGAAAAAAUACAGAAAGUACGUAACAUCCACAAAGCGGAGGUCGAACAGGAAACCAAUCCCAGCCGGAAGAAACUGAAAUCCUGGCUGAACAAUACGUUUCGGAUAAAGAUGACGGACGGUCGAAUUCUGAUCGGAAUGUUCGUCUGCACGGAUGCCGAAGCCAACGUGAUUCUUGGGCUUACCAGUGAGUUUACCGAGAACGGUGGAGAGGAACGGGUACUUGGGCUUGUGAUGAUUCCCGGGCGGUACAUCGUUUCGAUCGAAAUAGACGAAGCGAAUCUGGUCAAUGCGAAUUAGUUCUUAAGUGCUUUAAUUUAUUGCAAUAUUCUACAAUGCGUAUAUGUUUGCUACAUAUGUAUUAAAUUGAACACGUUUAUUAUUUA